AUGGUACUGUCUUAAUUGACAUUUCUUUAUCAACUAUUUACAGGAUCUGGAAAAUAUGGUGUAAUUAUUGUCGUCGUAGUUGUCGGGUAUGGCUAUAUUUGGUGGAAGGGUUGGAAAUUAUCGGAUAUGAUGUUUGCAACAAGGCGUGGCUUAAAUGAUGCAUGCGCUUCUGUAGGCAAACAGCUUGAGGGUGUAUACUCUUCGAUUUCGGCCACUAAGCGGCAUUUAUCUUCAAGAAUUGAUCGUGUAGAUUGUAAAAUUGAUGAGUGUGUGGAUAAUUCAACUGCUACUAAAGAGGAGGUUUCUGAACUACGAGGAGAAGUGAAACUGAUAGGUGCAGAUGUCCAGUCAGUUCACCACGUAGUGCGAUCUCUGGAGACAAAAAUUAGUAGGAUAGAGGGGAGACAGAAUGAAACGAAUUUUGGAGUUGGAAAGUUGGUUGGUUUUGUGAGGAAUCUUGAAAGUAACAGACCUGUGGAGCAAAUUGAGGGAGCUGCUUCAAGUUCUUCUCGUCCUGCUCUUGAAUUGCCGCAAGUGUCUUCAUCAUGGGCUGUUUCUUUACCUGCCAGUUCAUCAAUCGAACCACCUUCACCCUCAGACAGAUCUAAAAAGCAACCUCUGCAAAAUACAAUCACUGCCUCAGGGUUGAAGGAUCUUUAUGAUAUCUCAGAUGGAGUCGGAGUGUCAAGCCUCAGCACCCCUGGGGUUUCAAACGGGGUUCAUGCAUCAGAAGAUACGAACAACGAAAUUCCCGGUCUGUUUGGGAGAACGUUUUCUGGCAUCAGUGCCUCUUUCCUUGCAAGAAACCGCAGUGUGAAGCAGUCUUUUAAGUAGCCCGGCCAGUCUCAGCAACAUACUUAAGAUGUACUUUUUAUUUAAGGUUAGCUGCAGCUAGUUGAGCUCACCCCUCGGACACAGGCAGUGCCUGGUCAUAUUUGUGGUUGCUGAAUUUUGUAGAGACGUUUAUGUUAUAAAAUUGCUCUAGGAUAUA